CCCCCCCUCCCCGCUCCGCCCUCCUGACCUGCAGAACAUCCGGAGUCCUUCAAGAGCUGCGCGACCGAGAACUGCAGAAUGGCUGGCUGCUCAGGUUGUGGACCAGGAUACAGGAGCCCUCUGGAUGCCAUGAAGGGUCCCCGAGAGGAGAUUGUUUAUCUGCCAUGUAUCUACCGCAACACCAACGUCCUGAAACCAGACUACCUUGCUACUGUGGAUGUUGACCCCAAAUCCCCAACAUACUGCCAGGUCAUCCACCGCCUGCCGAUGCCCAACCUGCGAGAUGAGUUGCAUCACUCUGGUUGGAACGCCUGCAGCAGCUGCUUCAGUGACGGCUCCAAGAAACGCAACCGGCUGAUUCUUCCCUCCCUCAUCUCGUCCCGCGUCUACGUGGUUGACGUGGGCAUGGACCCUCGUGCGCCACGCAUCCACAAGAUAGUGGAGCCAACAGAGCUGUACUGGAAGUGUGGGCUGGCCAACCCUCACACCAGCCACUGUCUGGCCAGCGGCCAAAUCAUGAUCAGCUGCAUGGGUGAUCCUUCCGGAAACGGCAAAGGAGGAUUUGUCCUUCUAGACGGUGAGACGUUUGAGGUUGUGGGAAACUGGGAGCAGCCCGGCGACGCGGCGCCAUUUGGCUACGACUUCUGGUACCAACCGCGACACAACGUGAUGAUCAGCACUGAGUGGGGUGCUCCGAAAGCCCUCGCUGAUGGAUUCAACCCUAUUCAUGUGAAAGACGGUCAGUAUGGCAGUGCCAUCCAUGUGUGGGACUGGACAAGCCACCAGAAGCUGCAGACUCUGGACCUGGGCGAGGAGGGCGCCAUCCCGCUGGAGGUUCGCUUCCUCCACAACCCCGACGCCACUGAGGGCUACGUGGGGUGUGCCUUGCAGGGGACCGUCUUCCGCUUCUACAAAACCCAGAAAGGUGACUGGGCGGCAGAGCGAGUGAUCAAAGUUCCCGUGAAGAAGGUGGAAGGAUGGGUCCUUCCCGAGAUGCCUAGUCUGAUCACAGACAUCCUGGUCUCGCUGGAUGACCGGUUCCUCUACUUCAGUAACUGGCUGCAUGGUGACAUCAGGCAGUAUGACAUCACAGACCGCAGGAACCCACGACUGGUGGGCCAGGUCUUUCUGGGAGGGAGUAUCACGUCUGAUGGUCCGGUUCGAGUACUAGAGGACCCAGAGAACCAACCUCAGCCACCCCCACGGGUCAUCAAGGGGAAGCGGAUCCAGGGUAGUCCCCAGAUGUUGCAGUUGAGUCUGGAUGGCCGCCGUCUGUACGUUACCACGUCUCUGUACAGCGCCUGGGACAAACAGUUCUACCCAGACAUGAUCAAGGAAGGCUCAGUUAUGAUGCAAAUCGAUGUGGAGACGGUGAAAGGUGGCCUUUCCGUGAAUGAGGACUUCCUGGUGGACUUUGGUAAAGAGCCUGAAGGGCCGGUGCUGGCCCAUGAGCUGCGCUACCCCGGAGGAGACUGCACCUCCGACAUCUGGCUUUAAAACUGAGACCAGAAACUCAAAUGCACCGAACCACAGACUCCGGCUGGACUCCUCUGGUGAGGAGUCUAGAAGCACUUCAUUAACAUUCAGAUGGAAGAGCACUUCUUUAUUCUACAAAAUAUAAUUUUUUAGCAGUGGCAGCUAGCCAGCACAGGGUGCUGGGGGGCCGCCCCCUUCAAAUAUCAAGAGAUGGAAAUCUACUAUAAUUUAGUUGUAUGAUGCAAAUAAUUGUGAAAUAAAAGUGUUUUUCAGUCUGCGGGCGCCUGUCAGCAGCCAUUAAAUAUUGGUUCCA